AAGACCCAGUGUUGUGCUAUAUUAUGUGGUGCCAUGUGACAACGUGUAUUAUUUGUAAAUAAACUAAUCUUUUAAUGAAAUAAAAACAGAAGUCAUGACAUUUUCCGAAUUAAAUUUAAGCUCAUGGAUUGUCAAGCAAUGCAAUUCCAUGGGUUUAAAAAAACCUACGCCAAUUCAAGAAAACUGUAUUCCAAAAAUUUUAGCUGGCAACGAUUGUAUUGGUUGCGCAAAAACUGGUAGUGGUAAAACACUUGCCUUUGCACUUCCUAUUUUGCAAAAAUUAUCUGAAGAUCCAUAUGGCAUUUUUGCCCUUAUUUUAACCCCUACCAGAGAGCUUGCUUUUCAAAUUGCAGACCAAUUCUCAGCAAUAGGAAAAUCUAUCUGUUUAAAAAGAUGUGUUAUAGUCGGAGGAAUGGACAUGGUUGUACAAGGCUUAGAGUUGUCAAAGCACCCACACAUAGUUGUCGCAACUCCAGGACGUUUGGCAGAUCAUUUAGAGAGUUGUAAUACAUUUUCUUUAAAGAGAAUUAAGUUUUUAGUUUUGGAUGAAGCUGACAGACUUCUAGGGGGUCAUUUUGAUGAUCAAUUAAAAACUGUAUUUAAUGCCUUGCCUCAGAAAAAACAAGUUCUUCUUUUUAGUGCAACAAUGACAGACACUCUUGAUAAAGUGAAACAUAUUGCAUCUGGAGAGGUCUUCAUAUGGGAAUCCAAGGAUGAUUCUGGUACAGCUACAGUAAAAGAACUUGAUCAACGCUAUGUGCUUAGUCCAAGCGAUGUUCGCGAUUCUUUCUUGGUUGAAGUAGUUAGAACAUUUCGAACAACCAACAAGGAUGGAUCGAUAAUGAUAUUUACAGAUACUUGCAAGCAUUGUCAAUUGUUAUCCAUGACAUUAAACGAAAUUGGUUUCAAAAAUGUAGCUCUUCAUGCUAUGAUUAAACAGAAAGAUCGUCUUGCGGCACUUAGCCAGUUUAAGUCAAAUCAUAUAAAGAUCUUAAUAGCUACAGAUGUUGCAGCAAGAGGGUUAGACAUUCCUACAGUUCAAUUAGUUAUAAAUCAUAUUGUGCCAAAUGUACCGAAGGAAUACAUUCAUAGAGUUGGUAGAACAGCUAGAGCAGGCAAAGGAGGUAUGGCGAUUACUCUGAUAACGCCAUACGACAUCAAAUUGUUGCAUGCCAUUGAGGAUGCCAUUGGGACGAAAUUAACAGAAUAUAAAGUUAACGAUAAAGAAAUAGUUACGAUCAUUACGCAAAUAUCUGUCGCUAAACGAGAAGCUGAAAUGAAAUUGGAUGAAACAAAUUUUUACGAAAAAAAAAUAAUCAAUAAACGCAAAAAACUAAUUCUCGAAGGGAAAGAUCCAGAUGAAAUCGAGGAGAUUUUGGAGAAAUAUAAAUCUAGUAAAUCGAAGAAACAAAAAAGGAAACUUGUUGAUAGUACUCAUAAUACAGAUAAGUCUGAUUAACUUUUAUUAUUU